AUGGGCCUCGAUAUUUGUGGUGGUGCUAUCAUUUCGAAAUAUACAAUUAUAACAGCAGCACAUUGUAUCGAUGUCUUAGAAUCGAAUUAUUUAAAGAUAAUUGCCGGGAGGCACAAUUUCGAAGUUGCACCAGUUGAACAUGAAGUAGAUGCUACUGCUUUACAUCCCUUAUAUAAUGAAAGGAAUAGAGAAUUUGAUGUAGCUCUAAUAAAACUAUUGCAACCGUUAGAUCUGAGUGUCUCCAAUGUGGACUUAAUUGAAAUUACAACAUCAAGUUAUCCAUUUGAUGCUGGUACAAAAGGAACUCUAGUUUAUUGGGAACUAGGUCAAGGUUCAAUGCUAUAUUAUGCAGAGGUCGAAUUGUGGCAACAAGAUAUUUGUUUAAAUUUUGCCACCGAAAAUUAUAGCGAUAUGCCUCCAGCAAGUAAUGCGAUAAUUUGUACUAGCAUACCAGAAGGUUCGUGUAUACCCGAUCAAGCUGGUUCUUUGAUUGUAAACGAUCAGCUUUGGGGUUUAGUGUCCUGGCAUUUAGACUGUGAUUCCGAAUAUAAACCGUUGGUUUUCACUAAUCUAGUGUUUGUUAAACAAUGGAUAGAUGAUAAUACUAGGCAUAAUUAA